AUGUCAUUACUGCUUCCCCGAUUCCCAACAGCUUCUCGAUUCAUCCCUUCUCUCAUUCGUCCAACGACCUCACUAUAUCGACCAUUCUCCUCGUCCUCUUCAGCACGAAACUCAGCCCCACCUUCAACUUCCCCAUCAUCAAAAGACCCUUCACACCCUCAUCUACAUUACCAUCCGACUCAAUCACAUAUAGCACUGUCCUUCUUACCUUCUCCUCCUGUAGCUAGGUCCAGAACUGUAUUAGGGUAUUUACCUCUAGAUGGAGCUAGUUUGGAAGACUUCAAAGAGGAACCUAAGUUUCUAACCAUUCUUCAUGAGGCUAUACAAUCAGGAUUAGAAAAUGAUAAAGCGGAUAGUGUCAAAUUUGAAGCUGAGACUAGACCCACAGAUGGCUGGAUACAUAUAACGGACGAAAGAGCUAUUCCACCUGCUGGAAGGAUAGGUGAAACUGAAGAUUUAAUUGGAUCGGUGUACGUCCAAGAUGGUAAAGUCGUCGCUUCUACUUAUUCACCUCUACCUACAUAUAGAAUAAUAACCCCUAAUGGAGUAUUGACUUUACCUAAAGGAUUAGAUACUCAUCUCAUCGAAGUCUUGGAAGGGAUUGACAAAGAUGAGAAGAAGUGA